AUGAGGAGACAUAAGCUCUGUCUUUUACUGCUCUUGUCCAUCUUCACACUGUCCAUGGACAAAAUAUAUAAGAGCUUUCACAAGUAUGAAUAUCUCUAUGAGACCGAGUCCUUGAAUGCUUUAAAUGGAGCGGUCAACGGCCCGAGGGUCAGCUGCAAGGUUGAAAUAAGGGUUCCAGGUCCGUGCAGCUACAUCAUACACACCAGUGAGUGUGCAGUGAGUGAAGUGACUGAUGUUAAUUCUGAUGGAAAGAUGGUGUUUGGAUCAGCUGUUGGCACUGACAACUUCAAAGCUGAGAUGGAAAAGUAUCCUCUGAAGUUCACAGUCGAGAGAGAUGAUGACAUCAAACUCUUCCCUGAGGAGGAGGAGCUGGUCAACAUCCUCAACAUCAAGAGAGGAAUCAUCUCUGCUCUUGCUGUACCUGUACUUGAAGAGAAGAUGAACAAAGACACGCCAACCAUCUAUGGCCUGUGCAAGACUGACUUCAUUGUGAACAGCAGAGAGAAGAUCGCCACAGAUGUCACCCUCAACAGAGACCUGUCCAAAUGUGACAAAUUCAGACCGGUCAAUGAUCACACCAGUCCCCUGGCUCUCAUCACCGGCACGCACUGUCCUCUUGCUCAGUUGAUCAGGAGCACCCAGACUUGCAACUACAAGUUUGACAGUGAGAAGCAUCAUAUGACCACUGGGGUUUGCACGGAGAGACAUCUUCUCGUUCCGUUCUCUCACAAAGGAGAGUUUGGAGUGACCAAUAUCGGCAUACAGACCGUCACGCUUUUGGGAGUCACUAAACAUAACGACAGGGUCUUUAACCACAAAGUGGCCAACAUGAAGCCACUCCAUCCAGACAGCAGUGUCGACAUGAGCCCGGUUCAGGAUAAAGAAGAUGCUCUUGCUGUUGUGAGGGAACUUGCUCAGCUUUCCAAGUCCAAGGACGGACACAAGAGAGCUCACCUGGCUCACAAGCUUAUCGGUACGAUCCGAAGGAUGAAUGCUGAAACUCUUGCAGCUGCCGUUGGUGAAGCUCUGGAGAUCUCGCAGUCUUUGACAUAUCAGGCUCUAUUGCAGUGCGGUACCCCAGAAUGCAACAGGGUUAUUAUGGGAGUUUUCAGGACCUUUGAUAGAUCUUCAGCAGAGAUUGACGCCGCUGUAUACACCAUGGGAUUGAUGCCACGUCCCUCUCGUGUACUUGUGAGGGAAAUGUUGGAGAUGGCAAAGUUCAAGCCCAGCAAACCCGUCUACUAUGCAGUUAGCAAUGCUGUGAGAAGGUUGUAUGAUGUUGAGGGAGUCACCAGUGAGAUCCAGUCAGUAGCCGCACAUGUCCUCGAACAGAUCGGUGAUUGUACAGGCGACCAGGAGCACAUCUUUCUGUCCCUUAAGGUGAUUGGCAACAUGGCGGUUGCCAUGGAAGCGGCAAGCCCGGCUUUGAUGUCUGCUGUGAUUCGAUGCAUUAACCAGCCGGUUGCAUCUCCUGCAGUCCAGCGCGCUGCCGUCCAGGUCUACCGACAGAUUCCUGUACCUGAGCAGGGUAGGGAGGUGCUCAUGAGUGCGGUUCUGGACAGAGCUGCAGUCGUACAGAAGCGUGUUGCUGCCUAUCUCAUCCUGAUGAAGGACCCUACGUCUGCUGAACUUUCUCAGGUGGCAGAAGCGCUCCGCGCUGAGGAAAAUCUUCAGACCAAAAGUUUUAUCAUCUCUCAUAUGAGCAACAUCCUGAGCUCCACAGCGCCGGAGACUAUGCAAUUGAAGCAGAAGAUUUUGGGGGCCUUCCAGAGCAAUAAAGUUGGGACACUAAUGGAUCCCACAAAAUUCUCUCGCUUCUAUAAAAUGGGUUCUCUAGAGGGGAACAUGAUCUUUGAGUCUCCCGAAGAACUUCCCAGAGAACUCAUGCUGGAAAUGACCUUGGAUGCUUUUGGAUUUUAUAUGGAUUUGGUUGAGAUUGGAAUGGAAGGCAAAGGGUUCGAGCCCUUUAUUGAGGCUCUCUUCGGCAUCAAUGGAUUCUUUCCAGACACAGCGAUGAAGACUAUUUUCUAUGCUGCCAACAAGAUUCCCCUCCAGGUCAAUGAUGUCUUGAAUGACAUAGUUCCUGUCUUGAGGAAUGACAGGAGGAGGAGACAGACGACUCAAAACAUAGUCCAAGAAAUCAGACAGAAUGUCAACAAGCUUUUUCGAGAACUGAAGGCUCAAGAUUCCCCUGAGGCACUGGUGUACAUCAGACUUCUGGGUGCUGAACUUGGCUAUCUGAAAACUGAAGAUAUGGAGGAGAUGGUGAACUCUGCUGGCAAUAUGUUUGAGAAUCUCCUCAAGAUGCUCCCUAAAGAUUUCAUCAGAAGUUUGUUCUCAAGCGUGGACAACGAUCUUUUUCUUCACUACGUAUUCAUGGAUAAUGAGUUCUACCUGCCCACCGGUUCUGGAUUUCCGCUGAGAGUUUCUCUGUCUGGUAUUUUAACUCCUGGAGUCAAAGGAGGACUGAGUUUUAAUCCAGACAUGGGUGAAUUUGCAUUCAUGCCAUCUGUCGGUAUUGAGUUUGUGACCGAGGUUGGCGCUCACUUCCCUGACUACGUUCACUCCGGUCUGAAGAUGCACACUAAUAUUUAUCACGAGAGCGGCUUUAAAGCAAAACUCUCUGUGAGAUACAACCAGGUCAAGCUCACUGUUCCUGCUCCUCAAGACCCGACAAAGAUCAUCAGCAUCACCAAUUCUCUAGUGUCUGUUGGUGCCGGCACAUCUAAAACAAUUCCUGCCGUGGGGGAGCGUACAGAAGUUGAAUGCAGUCGUUUUUUCCCUGGACUGAAGUAUUGUACAGUCCUGCAAUAUUCUGAUGCCAUGUCGAUCGAUGCUGCCCCCUAUUUUCCUCUGAAUGGUGACAGCAAAUUUGCUGUUGAGCUGCACAGCACCGGAGAGGUCACAGAGUACACAGCCACCAUCAGCUAUGAGCGCGAGGUUGAGACGGACAGAGUCACGGUGGACGUAAAAGCUGAAGGAACGUCUUUUGAGGGCACAGCGACGCUGAAGCUUAACAGACAGACAUACGCGGCCUCUGUGGAGCUUCUCGCUCCGUCUCUUCAGCUUGAAUCUAAAGUGAGUGCAAACAUCGUGAAGCGCGCUGAAGAGCUGACCGUUGAACUUGAGUGUGACCUAAAACUCCCGGAGACGUCCUCAGCUCAAAAACUCAUCCUGAAAUAUGAUGGUAAGAAGAUUGAAGCUGAAGUGGAUUCUGAGGUCAGUUCUGAGAUUCACAACAUCAUCAACAGUGAUGUUGAAGGCAUGAUCAACAGUCUUUUAGAUUACCAGAUACUCAAGAAUAAAAUGAAGAUCCGUGAUAUUCUGGAAAAGUCAGUUAAGGUAAAAAAAGCUCCCCAAUUUCUUUCCACUAAAAUGGUUGAUAUUCCAUGUGUGCAGGGUUUGAAAGUUCCUGUUAUCAGUUUUCCCAAGAGACUCUUCCUAAACAUAGAGGGUGCUGCAAAAUAUACCUUUGGAGAGCAUUACAAAACCAUGACGUUUCAUUUUCCUCUGGGUGGGAAACCCACUGAAGGUCUGAACUUCUUCACUAACAUCAGCACAUCAAACCUGACCAUACUUCAGUUUCUUACAUCUGUUGACAUGUCUCUUCCAGAGAUCUUCAUUCCUGAAAGUGUCUCGCUGUCUUUGCCGUCUCUUGGAAUGGCGGAGGUGUCUGGAAAACUAAACAGCAACUUCUACACUCUAGAAGCAGCUGUGACUGCUGAAAGAGAUGCUGUUGCACACACAAGCUAUUCCGCUAAUGCUGAAGUCACUGGAACGAGUUCUGUUGAUCUGCUGUCGCUGAAGAUUAAAGGAUCUGUGGUGGUUGAAUCCACACCCGCCAAUUCCUUCAAGGCUAAUGUAAAGACAACAGUUAACCACAAGCUUGUUGAUGUCAGCGUCAGUGUUGCGGAGGAAGUCAAAUUAAGUAAAAAGAUCAGCGUGGAAUCCAAUAGCAAGCUGGAAGUGAAUAGUCCUGUAGGAGUGCAGAUUUCUCUGGAGCACACUGGACAGGUCGGAGUUAACGCUGAAGAGAUCUCUGGAGAUGGAAACCUGGAAGGAUCCUUUAAGGCUGGUCAAGUAUGUGGUUCUGGAACCCUUACUCAGUCCGUUUCACUCCUUCCAUUCAAAUCCGAGGCAAACAUUUAUACUUCACUGAAAACAGGUUCAACGCUUCAGGCUCGGAACACCAUUACUGCAGCUUUUACCAAUGAGGGGCUGUCUAUUCAGUCCAACACGGCACUAUUUGAAGACCUUAUCUCCAAUACUGCAGAGCUUACGUACAAUAAAUCUCAGCUUGCUCUAAAAUCAGGUACAAAGUCAUCAGUGUUUGGUCUGAAGAUCCAAAACACAGCUGAGGCAAGGGCGGGUGCAGAAGCAGCCAGCAGUAAGAUCGUCACAUCAGUUGACCUUUCUGAAGAACGGAUCUAUUCCCAGUUCACUGGAACACUAGACACCGAUGGACUAACGGUUAACAGCGAUGCCUCUGCUAGACUAACCGGACACACAGCUGCCCACAAAGCCAUUCUGACCAUCAACAAGGAUGGCCUGUCCUCCAGCGGCACAGCAUCAGUGAAAAGCCUCUUGACUCUGGAAGAGCUGCAGCACACCUUUGACAUUAGCUACCAGAAUCUGACUCUAAAUGGCAAGUGCAGGACCACAGGAGGGAUUAUGACAACACGACUGAGACACAACACUGAACUGGAGAUUGCUGGACUUGCUGGCAGAUUUAAAAAUCAAAUCCAUUGGUCUACAGAAGAUUUCCACUUCGAAACUAUGGCUCAUGGUACAGCCGCUCCGUUCAGACUCAACAUCGAUGCCUCUGCUGGCGCUCAAGGUUUUAUACACCUCAAUGGGCUGCAGCGUGUCCAAUUUGACACAAAAGCUCACCUGAAAGCCAAGCCAUUUGCCAUCGAGCAUUCUCACAGGUGCAGAGUCUCUACCACCCUUAACAUAGACAGAGGCGUCUCAAUCCAAUCAAAACUUGAGAAUAAGUUUGACACCAUGAUCACCCCCGCAGAACAAAACGCAACCCUGACUGUAAAGUGUAAAGUAAACGACUAUGCCAUAAAUAAUGAACUUAGUUCUUAUAAUAAUCCAGAGAGACUCGGCCUGGAAGGGUCUGGAAGCAUUGCUGGCGGUCUGUUCCACACUCAGAACCUUUCCAUCUCUGGUUUCUUAAAGUAUGAUAAGAAAAGUGACUGGCGUGCUAUUAGCCAGCUGACCUUUGUAAGUUUGCCUUCCGCUCUUGAAGACAUCAGGAUAGCUCUUUUGAGAACAGUUGAGGCCCUGAGACACUAUAUUAACAGAGAGGACGUUGUAGCAAAAAUUCAGAACUUACCCCAGCAUGUUAAAAAGGUAGUGUCUGAUCUGAACGUCGAGGGAAGAGUUGUCCAGCUCAAACACAACUUGCUGGCUCUUACCCAGAAUAUGCCUGAGUAUAUCUUGAGAUUGGAAGAUCUGGAAGAAUCUCUGAGCAAUCUCAGGGAUGGAAUUGAGACGCUGGUGAUGGAAGUGACCCACCACUUUAGUGAAGAACUUGACAUUUUAAAGCAACUGAUGGCGAAGGGAGUCCUGUAUGAAAAUGUUGGAGAGGCGUUGAAUGCAGUGUUUUCUGUUAUUGAAGAAGUUAAACGUUUAUCUAUUCAUGCUGCUAAACAGCUAUUAACUGAACUAGAUGUGAUUAAAAAUGUAAAUGCUAUCUAUGGCAAUGCGAGAGAUAGUCUUUCAAAACCUGAUGGAAUGAUAGCAGCGGUUCUGGAAGAGAUGGUUGAGCACAUAAAGCGAUUCAAAAAUGAUGAAACCAUUCUUGUGGUUUUGGCUCAAAAUGUACAAUCUGUUCGCAUCCAGAUCACACAGUUCUUGGAUGAUGCCAUAACUUAUCUGAGGACAAAUGAUGUUAGACAAGUUACCCAUGUGAUCUUUAUUCCUCCCAUGCACAACAGUCCUGCUCAGAUUUCUGACAUCACUUUUGGAAAACUCUACGGUGAGAUCAGAGUCAACAGCCCAGUGUACAGCAUCAGGACCUCUGCGGACGUCCAGGAUGCUUCAGACGUACACCCUCGAUUCACAGCUUCUGUUACCUCUCAAGGAACCUCUCCAUAUGAUGUCCACCAUAAUUUGGACUUCACUGCACAGAUGUCCAUCCCUGAAAAGAGCCAUUUAAAAUUGUCUGAAACUCUCAAGAUGACAGGCUUUCUGAUUUGUGACCAGCAGGCAACAUUGACUCUGAUCAAGGUGUCACCAACGCAGAAUCCCAAAGCCGGCACAUCUGCUUCCAGAGUUAACACCGCUCCCAUCAGCAUAGAGGAUGGUACAUCUUACUCUAUUGAAACCGAUUACAACCACCAGUUGAGCGUCCACACGUUCUUUCUAUCCAAUGAUGUCACCCUCAAUCAAAAAGCUUUAGCCUAUCAGGAAGCGGCUACAUUCUUUGUGAAAGUAACGAAUGAAGGUUCUGGCAAAUUUGCUUUUUACGGAUUCUCUGAUGAAGGCACCCAUAAGAGCAAGCUGAACUUCAACAUGGACCUCAGCACCGCCAAACUGGCUCUUACCGGUCACACUGAGAGUGGAACGAUGAAGAUAAAGAUGACAGCCAAUGCCGCCUCCGUCCCUCAGAGUCACUUCGCAUUUGACGCUCGUGUUGAAACAAAGUCUCCGUUCAUCAAGAACAGCUUGCUGGUUGCUUCUGUUAAGGCUCUACUGGCGGAUAUGAAGGUGGACAUCAAGGCAGCUCAUGACACAGAGCUUGUUGGAGACGUCAGGGGUUUCCUCACCAAUGCUGUUAACAUACUCGCUCGUCCUGGUGAUGUUGAAAUUGACUUUCAGAACAAGGGUGAGAUCAGCCUUAGCAAGUCUUUGUCAGGCAAGAUUGAACUCCAGAAUGAUUAUUCUGUUACCCUUAACCCGGACAUGCAGCGAAUCAAUACGGUGGCACUAGCCUGCUUCAAGCCGUACUAUUACAGCCAUAACUUCACUGUCAUCAAUAACAAAGCAGAGACAGGCAUUCACACUGCUGCGGGUGCUGUGUUCAGUCCUGGAUAUGUGUUGGGUCAAGUAAUUCAUGUGCCUAUCAUUGGCUUUAAGAUUCCAGUAGUCAAAGACCUGAUCUUUGAACAGUCUGGUCAAUGGGACACCUUCGCCAGCACUGACCAGUCCAUUGACCUCCGUGCCAAACUCGAACAUCAGAAGAACAGGUUUGCUAUUCCUUUGGGCGUCAUUGUCUCUGAAAUGUCUUUCAAGUCCUCUCUUCUUGAGUUAAAUGCAACUGCUGGUGUUUUUCCAGAAGAAAAUAUUCUGAUGGGUGUUAAUGCCAUGACUGCCUCUGUGUUUGAGGAAUUGAAGGUCAAGCUCGAUGGAACCACCAGCGUGGCUACAAAAGAUGGACUGAAGGUAUCCACGUCUUUGUCUUUGGACAACAUCCAUAUCGGAGGUUCUCAUGAUGGUUCUCUAACUCUGGACGUAGAGAACUAUGAGGCUGUGAUGUCUGCAGACACGACUGUGAAGAUCAAUCUGCCAACCUUUAGUAUUAAUGCCACUCACGGACUAUCUGGAGACACCAAAACACAUCCAAAGUCCACGUCAGCCUUGAAGAUCCAGUACAGCUUUGACGAUCCAGACUCAAUGGGUGUCGGACAUGGAGAUGCUGAGAAUAAUUUGAAGAUGGAGGCCACUCUUUCAUUCAUCUCUAUUGAGUCUGUCACUAAAGGAACGACUGAUUCCGUUUUCGAUGCAAAUACGAUGAUUAACGGAACUUUGGAAAAGGAAGCUACUGUCUUUGUGAACGCCGAUGGGCUGCAGUCCUCUCUGAAGACCACAGGGAACGGCAUCAUAGUUCCUAAUGAAGAUGCCAAGAUACGCUAUGACAUUAACAACAUGUUUACAUGUAAAGGACAUCUGGGACGUGUGUAUUUGGGGUUAGAAAUGGAUUCGAACUAUGAAAUAAAUUCUGAAAGAGAAAACAUAAAGAUCAAUCAUACAGCUGUGGGUAAAUCUGACAUCGUUCCUCUGAGCUCCUUCUUGUCUGCUGUGGAAACCAUCUUGUCCCCUUCACGGUCACAUGUAUAUGACAAUAGAGAUUCAGAAACGGUUUGGCUGGAUCGUGGAUUUAAACACAAAUCAAAGGGCGUGUACCCUGAGUACAAUUCAAGUCUGGCAUUUUUAUCGGAGACUAUUGGUGAAGCUCCUGAAGUAAAGCUUGUGUUUGAGGGCUCUUACAAUCUCACAUCUCCAUCUGCAAUUCUGGAGUAUGAGUUUGGCAUACACAGUCUCGUAACGUCACCAGGACUGGACCAGCAUAGCUUCAAAAGAUUCCAGAUUCCAGAUUAUUAAUGGCACUUUACCUUUGUCUGAUAAAAGGGAAUUAAACAACCUUCACUUCAGAAAACAGACAACCCUUUCACCUUCAGUGUAACAAAUAUUCAUUUGGGAAAACACCAAUUUAUCAAUGAUUGAAUGGAUGUAAGAAAGGCUACUGUUCUUAAAGUAUAGGUACAAUAGACAUAAAAACAUUUACAUAAGUUUGAAUGUAGUCUGUAUACAGUAGCCUAUGUGUAAUAAAUUGGCCCGAGUGCAUAUCAUAUGUGGUGCGAUGUGAUUGUUACUGGUACUGUUCUUUUGAAAAGACACAUUUACAUCUAUUCAUUUCACACUAAAAACAAUUUACAGUUCAUGCAGGUGGACAUUUAGUCAGCUUGUGUGUCUCAGAACCAAACCUAUGAUCUUUGUUGGUGUCUGGAUCAUUUCGGACAGUGUUGACAUACUGAGCUAAUGUGACAAAAUACAUAAUUGUUGACAAUAAUACUGUAAAUAGUGUAUUUGCUAGAGAGAAAUGAACAAUGAGCUUGCACACAUACUAAUAUACUAAGAGUGUGAUG